GUCGUCAUUGAUUUUAAUAGCAACACUAUUUCUAAUCAUGAAACUAUGGAUCAUUGCGCACUACUAUGUAGAAAAUCCUUUCAUUACAAGAGUUUCAAAGUCAAUAUUAGAAGAGGCAAAACGAAGCCGUACAUACGCGUACGUUCGUCGUGCCGCAGUGCGACGGACAUGAACGCAUGGACGAACUGUUCUUCGUCCCGACACGUGCCGCGCAAGCGAAGCGCUGCCGUGCCGGCAGAUUGCUGUCUGUCACCGGUGUAGUAGGACAGCAGGCACCGGCAUGCGGCCACACCACCUAGAGCGCGCGCGCCGCCGCCACCGCUGCGCCCACCUGGCGUCCAUGCACCCAUCUCCAUCGCUCGUGGCAAGCUCUAAAUUGCCACACGCGCCCUGCAAGGCUCCUGCCGACUGAUAAUCUCCGGGAAGGAAAGGCGCCAAGCAACAGCUUCCGUGACCGUGACCAUGCCCUGCGACGACAAGUGCGGCUGCGCCGUGCCGUGCCCGGGCGGCGCCGCUUGCAGGUGCGCCGGGAAGAAGCAGAGCAGCGGCGGCGGCGGGGCGGUGCCGGUGAACCCCGCGGCCGUGGCGCACACCACCUGCACCUGCGGCGAGCACUGCUCCUGCAGGCCGUGCGCCUGCGGCAGGCUCGGCUCCGGCGACGGCGCCGGCAGGGCCGACUGCACCUGCGGCCCCACCUGCACCUGCGUCCUCUGCACCGCCUGA